AUGAAGAUCCCAAUCAAUCCCAUUCAUGUGUCUGAGGAUGCAGCACGCGAGUUCAAGGUUGAUAUCGACAUGAUGAAGAUGAAGAUCCAUAUGUACCCUCCAAGCAUCCAAGCAUUUGCUGACAAAUUCUUUACCAUCCCAAGAUGGUUCCGGUACCAUGGACCCAUCAAUCCAUCAUUGCGCGGCUUCUUUGACUUCAACCGCAAGGCCAUCCGCCAUGACAUCGUGCUGCUCGAGAACCAGAUCCCCUGGAGCGUAGUGGAUGCCAUCACGAGGUUCCGGCCCGUGGACCUGGAAGCCUUCGUCGCGUUCUGGAAACAGUACCUGCAGGACCGCAAGUUUCUCGGCGGCGAAAAGCCUCUUGUGUUGGAUGCCAGCUUCGAGCCACCGCAUCUCCUUGGCCUCCUUCGGUUCUACAUUGUGGGAAAAGGCAACACCAAGCCACCCACUCAAGUGAAAACCAACAUGAUAUCAUUUUCUGUGAGUGCCAUUGAACUUGCUGAAAAUGGCAUCAAGCUCAAAGCCAAUGAAGAAACAACGGAGCUCAUUCAUAUGGGCGUCAACAAGAGAGGGAUCUUCGCCGAGCUCUCCAUGGCGCCGCUGUCGCUGGACGACGAACGUGCCAGCUUCCUCAUCAACAUGGCGGCUCUCGAGCUGUGCACGACCUCCAAUUUCCAGGAAGCUGAGCCUGAAGACUCUGCCGUCUGCUCGUACCUUCUUCUCCUCUCCCUGCUGGUGCAUAGGGAGGAGGAAGUGCAGGACCUACGGACAAAGCAUCUCCUGCAAGGAGGAGCAGGGCUCAUCAACAAGGACGCGCUGACAUUCUUCACGAGACUUCAGAGCCUGUCCCUACGUGGAUCCAACUGCUAUGUCCGCAUCAUGAUGGAGAUCGAGAAGUACAAGGUGAAGAGGAGGAUGCAGAUCAAGGUGCAUGCAUUUUUUUACAAGAACAAGAGAACCAUCUUCGCGAUCUUCUCAGUGGUUGGUGUACUUGUCAGUAUCUUAGGGACGCUCAUGUCUCUCAAAAAGCGCUCUAUGGUUUAG